GUUAUCUCGGUGGCAAGCUUUGGCAAUCAGUCAGCAAUCAGUUUCAUUUCGGCCUUGGGACUUUCAAGGUCCUGCUUUGACCGGCUUCGACUUCACUAGCCUUCUGCUCGUGCGACGUUUACUGAAUAUUACAUUUUGAAUGCAGCGAUAAACUCAAUCUUACCUGUCUAGCUACAUACCACAGUGAAGUAUCGCUCUGCCCACUUCACUUUGACCUAGUGCUCGGGCGGCUGCCCACGUGCGGAGCGGCAGUCCGACGUGGGCUCUCCCAGCCACCGGCUGCCACCUGGCAGGAUCGAUGUGUCGCCGGGCGGCCGGCACGAGCGCCCGUACGGCGCCACAGCCCCGUCACCGGCCGACGGUCGAUCACAAUCGCGAUAUCUGGCUGCGCGCUGGGAGCGGCGCGGCCCAGCGCGUCUGCGCACCGCCGUCGGUCAGCUGAUCGGCCGCCGCUGGGACCUCAGAUGUCGGCUGGACUUGGCCCUGUGAAGGCGUCGGCCGUACCUCACCGCCAUGGACUCCCAGAGCGGUGCGACCGCUGCACCGGAGGCAGCCAACGGCAAACCGGCGGCCAAGGAGGCGAAAAAUGGCGCCGUGGUGGCUAGCGAUCGGGCCCUCUCCGAAGAGCCCGAAGACGAUGAGUGGAACAUGCCCGUACCGCCCGACGGUGGCUGGGGAUGGAUGGUCGUCUUCGCGUCUUUCAUGAUUCACGUUAUAGCUGACGGCGUUAUGUACACGUUCGGCAUUUUCUACAUGGAUAUCACAACAAACUUUGGCUCGACCAAGGCGGAAACGUCGUGGAUCGCGUCGAUUAUGCAGGGCGUUACAUUCGGAGCAGGCCCUCUGGUCAGCGGUCUGGUGAAUCGGUACGGAUGCCGAGCCGUCUGUAUCGCCGGCGCUUUUGUCGGGGGAGCCGGGUUCGUGCUCACCACGUUCGCACAGAGCGUCCAGGUCAUGUACGUCACCAUCGGAUUGGUGCUCGGCGGUGGACUGGGCCUGAUCUACCUGCCAGCUAUUGUUAGCGUCACCUGCUACUUCGAGAAGAAACGAUCGUUCGCCACCGGUAUCGCCGUCUGCGGCUCAGGACUCGGCACGUUUAUUUUCGCGCCGCUGACGGAGCACCUAGUGACGUCAUAUGGCUGGAAGAACGCCAUGCUCAUUUUGGCGGCCGUGCUGUGCGGCUGUUCCUUCUUCGGCGUCCUGUUCCGGCCUCUGGAGCCGGUCCGAGCGCCCAAACGGCAACAAAAGGCCACUAACGGUGUACUCAACAAGCCGGUGCUGCGGGUGGCGGCCGAGGACGGGGCGCUGGGCGGCACUGCGGCGCGCCGGCCCGUGCCUAGGAACCUGACCGACAGCGACCUGCCCGACCAGCCGGGCGCUGCCGCCGCGACCUCCAUCGUGGUGACCGCGCCCGGGAGACAGGAGGUCUGCCGGAUGACCUCGUCACAGCCACUGCUGGCGCGUCCCACGCCCGGCGUCCAGCAGUUUGGCUCGCACGACGUGAUGCACCUGUACCAGCCGACGGGCAGCGCAGCCAGCAGCCGGCGGCCCUCGCAGCACCUGGAGGUGAUGCGCCGCAAGGACAUCUUCUACAGCGGCAGCCUGCUCAACAUACCCCAGUACAAGUCGAACCAGGACGAGUAUGAGGUGGAGGUGGCCGCCCCGGUGGUGGACGGCACGGCGCGCACGGUCGUCUGCGGCUGCAUCCAGUGCCCGCAGGACGUGGCCGACACGCUCCACGACAUGAUGGGCCUGGCACUGCUCAAAGACCCCGUGUUCCUCACAUUCGCCAUCUCCAACUUCCUGACCAGCAUCGGCUUCAACGUGCCCUACAUCUAUAUCGCGGAUAAGGCCGUGCAGGCCGGCCUGGACCGAGACAGCGCCAGUUUCCUGCUCUCCAUCAUCGGCAUCAGCAACACCGUGUCUCGAAUCGUACUGGGCUACAUAUCGGACCGGCCGUGCGUCAACCGGCUCUGGGUCUACAACUGCGCGCUCACAGUCUCUGGAAUCGGCACGGCGCUCAGUGCCUUCUGCACCGACUUCCCCACGCUGGCCCUGUACGCCGCCGUGUUCGGGUUCACGAUCGGCGCCUACGUGGGCCUCACCUCAGUCAUCCUGGUCGACCUGCUCGGCCUCGACAAGCUCACCAACGCGUUCGGCCUGCUGCUGUUGUUCCAGGGCGUGGCCACGCUCAUCGGACCGCCCAUCGCCGGCGCCCUGUACGACGCCACCAACUCGUACGACCCGGGCUUCUACGUGGCCGGCACCAUGGUGGCGGUAAGCGGCGCCAUGCUGUUCUUCAUCCCGUGUGUGCGCCGGUGCGCCGGCAACUCGGAGGUGCGCCGACAGCGCUCCGGCGGCUCCCGGCUGGCCGAGCCGGCGGCCUGAGCGACCAAGGAGGAGGGGGCGGGGCGCGGCCGCCCCGGCAUCUGUUCAGGGCCAGUGCCUGCUCCGGGCCAGCUCCGGCGGCCGGAGACCGAGUAUUUUCAUACCGAGUAUGUGCCUGAGUGAGUAGGAGGCGGCGACGGCGCGGUAUUCGCGCCGCCGCUCCGCUCUGCUGCUGCCCGACGGGAGGAGGGGCUGGGAGCACUCUGCCGGCGCGGGAUACCACUGCUGUCCCACGGGGCCGAGGGAGGUCUACCCGCACAGGUAGGAGGCGGGCUGAGAGAGGAGAGAGCGGGCGUGUCGCGAGCUGUGCCAAACGCCGCACCUCGAGUCGCAUCAGCUCGAGGGCACUUUCAGAGUGGUGAGCUGGAGAGGCCAACCGACUGCUCCGGCUGGCCGGGCCCCAUCGCAGCGCUCUUAGUGAACUUACUUGAUUAAUGAAUUUAGAGUCGAUAUUAUUACUUGAUGAUGCCACUGUAUGAUACCUUUGUCGAUAUGGAAAUACAUUAUGUCCAUGUGAACAUA